UAAAGACAUUUAAAGAUUAAAUAGUAGUUUUUUUAUUGAAUUUUUUUUAUAAAUAUAAGAUUUUUAAAAAUAUGGAUACACCUAAUGUAUCUCUUUAUUGUAAAAAUUUAAAUGAUAAAAUUAAAAAAGAAGAUUUAAGACAGUGUCUUUAUUGUUUAUUUAGUGUUUAUGGUCCGGUUUUGGAUAUUGUUGUGUUGAAAACUAAGAAAAUGAGGGGUCAGGCUCAUAUAGUUUUUCGAGAUGUUGCAUCUGCUACAGCAGCAAUGAGAGCAUUGCAAGGAUUUAGUUUUUUUGAGAAAGAAAUGAGGAUAGAAUAUGCUAAGCAGAAAUCAAAUGCAAUAGCAAAGCUUGAUGGAACCUUUAAAAUACCUGCUCCAGAAUUAGAUGAUAUAAGAAUGUCUGCAGUAGGGGGAGGUAUAAUAUCAGGAAUAAAAAGAUCAAGAGAAGAUGAUGAUGAUUAA